AUGGAGUAUGCCCCUUUCACUGACGAUGCUCCCAAUCAAGUGAGCCCCUUCAGCUGUGACAUCAAAGCUACUGCUUUUCACAUCUUGCCCCACAUUGGUUUUACUACCCCUCUUACAGAGCUAGGGGAAGGUGCUGGAUAUGAGCAGCCUCAGCACCCACAGCACUCUGAGCCUGCUCGCAGCCCAACGGCCUCUCCAAGAAUGCUACACUUAAAAGUGCAGUUUUUGGAUGAUUCCCAGAAGAUUUUUGUGGUUGAUCAAAAGUCAUCUGGAAAGGCGCUGUUUAACCUGAGUUGCAGCCAUUUAAAUCUUGCUGAAAAGGAAUAUUUUGGAUUAGAAUUCUGCAGCCAUUCUGGAAAUAAAGUUUGGUUGGAACUUCUGAAGCCCAUAACAAAGCAAGUAAAAAAUCCUAAGGAGGUUGUUUUCAAAUUUAUGGUGAAAUUUUUCCCAGUGGAUCCUGGACACCUGCGGGAAGAGCUGACAAGGUAUCUUUUCACUCUUCAAAUAAAGAAGGAUUUGGCUCUAGGAAAGCUUCCAUGCAGUGACAACUGUACAGCGUUGAUGGUGUCUCACAUCUUACAAUCAGAACUGGGAGACUUUCAUGAAGAAACAGAUAGGAAACAUCUGGCACAAACCCGGUACUUACCAAACCAAGACUGUUUAGAGAGCAAGAUCCUGCACUUUCAUCAGAAACACAUUGGUAGGAGCCCAGCUGAAUCUGACAUUCUCCUACUGGACAUUGCGAGAAAGCAGGAUAUGUAUGGCAUCAGGCCUCACCCUGCCAGUGAUGGUGAAGGAAUGCAGAUCCACCUGGCUGUUGCUCACAUGGGCGUAUUGGUGUUACGGGGAAAUACAAAGAUCAAUACUUUCAACUGGGCUAAAAUCCGCAAGUUGAGCUUUAAGAGAAAGCAUUUUCUUAUCAAGCUUCACGCCAACAUCUUGGUGUUGUGCAAGGACACCUUGGAGUUCACCAUGGCCAGCCGAGAUGCCUGCAAGGCUUUCUGGAAGACUUGUGUGGAGUACCAUGCUUUCUUCAGACUUUCUGAAGAGCCCAAAUCAAAGCCCAAAACCCUACUCUGCAGCAAGGGUUCCAGUUUCCGCUAUAGUGGAAGAACCCAAAGACAACUUUUGGAAUAUGGGAAAAAAGGGAAGUUGAAGAGCUUGCCAUUUGAAAGGAAACAUUACCCAUCUCAGUACCAUGAACGACAGUGCAGGUCCUCGCCAGACCUCCUCUCAGAUGUGUCAAAACAAGUAGAAGAUUUGAGACUAGCCUAUGGCAGUGGGUGUUACCGAAAUGCAAAUGGAGUGCACGCAUCUGAGCCGGUGCUAGACAGUAGGAGGAGGAACUCUGCAGUGGAGGUGACGUUUGCAGCCAAGCUGGAACGGUCCAAACCAGAGGCAGAUCCCAUAUCAUUGCAUCAGUCCCAGAGCAGUUCCUCUUUCCAUUUUAUGUAUACAGACCCUGUCUUUAACACUGACCCUGAUCCUGACACUGACUUCUUUGAGGAGAGGAGUCCUCUAAGCUCCUUCCAAACAAGCUGUAAGUUUGCUAACAAUCACAUGAGUACAUCUUCCGGCCUCACAAGCAAAGUGAGUCCAGCAAGGCAGCUAACUUACACAGAUGUGCCCUAUAUUCCCUGUACUAGUCAGCAAGUUGAUAUUAUGCCUCCCCAAGUCUUUUUUUACGUGGACAGGCCACCCCAGGUGCCCAGACGGUCUCCAAUCAUGGCAGAAGAAAGGGAAAGGCCAGACAGCUGCCUACAGCCCUCUGUAAUGAAACCAGCUAAAAGAAGUCCCAGGAAUAUUAGAAUGAAGAGCUUUCAGCAAGACUUUCAAGAGCUCCAAGAAGCUAUGGCCAGGACUAGUGGUAGGAGCAACAUCAAUGUAGAUCUAGAAGAUGAAGAUCCAACCUUAGUAGAUGCAUUUGCAUAUAACAUUCAAGGGCAAACCCCUAAACGGUCCCAGAGCCAUUCAGACAUGAAAACUAUUCGUUUUCCUUUUGGGUCAGAAUUUAGACCUUUAGGGCCUUGCCCUGCUCUGAGUCGUAAAGCUGACCUGUUAACAUACAUGUUUGCAGAGCAGGAGUUUCCAACGGCUCUAGUGGGGCAGGGUGCAGCAGACAGGUAUGUAGCUAGUGAAUCCAGUGAUUCUGAAUCAGAGAUUCUUAAUCCAGACUAUUACUCUUUGUAUGGUAAAGGGACGAAGUCACCCACGGCCAGAAUCCGCUUGUCUUCUGGUAGCUUACAGCUUGAUGAAGAAGAUGAAGAUGCUUCUUUCAAUGCAUCAACUGCUGAAGACAGGACUUUGCUAAAACCAUGCAAUUACUUUUUAGCUUAAAAUUGUAAACUCUAUGAAUGUUUCUGGGCCAGUUCCAUAUGACCACCUUAGGUUCAAAACAAACAAACAAACAAAAAGGAACCUCUUUGCAUAAACCAUUUUCUUAGUUACUACUCAUUAGCAUUAAAGGAAUCUUCUAAUUUUGGAUACCUAGCUUAUCAAGAACCAGCUAUAGCCCCAUUCCUCAGAAGCUACCAUUGCUAGAGCGCCACUCUUCUAGCCCCUCUGAACGGACUCUGGAACAUGCUCUCUCCCUACCAGCACCAUGGAAGGGUGAGGUGGGGAUUUGUCAUUGCCAUUACACAUUUCCUCACAGAGACAUAAUAAACGAAGCUCAGGCUCUUCAACCCUGAAAAAUGGCGAAAAAAUGAGUUGACGUAUGGAAUUGGGUUCUAAUAUCAUUUAGUGAUUCAGUAGAUAUUGACUGUGUUGAUCGUUCUGUUCUUAAAACCAUACUUCGACUCAAGAUUUCAGUCAUCACUAUCCGUGUGGGCCCAUUAAAACUGGUCUUGUUAUAUGUUAAGGACUUCAAUUUUUAUAACAUAUAUAUAUAUAAGGGGAGCAUGGCCCUCCUAUAGCCUCAGGAACAAGGUGGUGGGAUAAAUAUUCUCAACAGAACACACGUUGAGAAUUAAUCCAGGACUUGGCAGAAUUCUAAACCUAGGAAGUUAAUAACUUAAAUCAAUUUCUAAAGUCAGUUCUAUGCCCGAUGAAGAUAUUAUGAUGUUUGACUGAUAACUUCUCUAUUCCUGAUUACCUACUAUAUGUAGUGAAAGAUAAAAGUUAACAGGCUGGUUUAUCUAAUCUGUCCUGCCAGAUAUAUA